AUGAAGUUUGUAGUGGACAAUCAAUUAAUCAUCAUUUCUGGAGAGGAGGACUUUGUGGUCAGUCACCUUUCAUCCUUCAGAUAUAUCGAGGCUGAUGAGGAUGCUUUGGAAACUUCUUUCCAAGCUCUUGAAAUAGCCAAUGCCACUUUGGUGGAGAUGAAGGACCCUAUUGGGAAAGCUUGUUCAUCUUUCGCUUCUCUGAAAAGCGCAAAGUCUAGUAUUGAAGGAGGAAACCCUGAAGGUUGGGGUCAACUUAUUGAUAUUCGUGAGAAGCAUGAUCGCUUUGGUCUGGGAUAUGUGCCUUCCGCUACGAAAGGAGCCCGAGUCCCUGUAAAGGAUAACACCCGAAGCAUCCAGGAAGUGUUCCUUAGCACAGGAUUCAUCCAUGGAGAUCAGGAUAUGCCAGGUCUAGACACCGACAUCGUUGAGCACAAGCUUCCGCUUCAGCCGGACUGCCCGCCAGUAAAACAGAAACUCCGAAGAACAAGACCAAAUAUGGCUCUAAAGAUUCGUGAAGAAGUCAAACGAAAAUUUGACGCCGGUUUUCUCGCAGUGGUGAAGUACCCACAAUGGAAAAUGGAGAUUUUGUCAGCUUUGAGAAUUUAUAAAACUAUUAUUACAAUCUUGUCUCUUGUUUUGAUAUUCAACAUUCCUUCUCAAGCAUAUGGGUAUCUAUUUCACAGGCAUAUGACAACCAAAUAUGACUUAUCUAUUUCACAGAUUGGAGAAGGAAAUACAUAUAAUCCAUAUGCCUCUAUUUUAAAAUUUCUAAAUUCUUCAAAAUUUCCAAAUCGAGAAUCAUUUCCGCAUGGAUUUUUGUUUGGUACGGGAUCUUCUGCCGUUCAGAUUGAAGGAGGGUCUCAUGAAGGAGGAAGAGGACUUGGAAUCUGGGAUGAUAUAGUUGAACAAAACAAAGGUCAAUAUUUAGAUGCUGAUAAAUUUUCAUCAAAAAUUGAACAUUAUAAACGAUAUAAGGAGGACGUGCAACAUUUAAAGAAGCUUGGAGUAAAUUCUUAUCGAAUGUCCAUCUCUUGGAGUAGAAUAUUGCCAAAUGGAACUUUGGAAGGAGGUAUAAACCAAGAAGGUGUCAACUUCUACAACAACUUGAUUAAUGAAUUACUCAAAAAUGGUAUUGAACCUUUUGUGGGUAUCAUGCACUUUGACUACCCGUUAGCUCUUAAAGAAAAACAUGGUGGCUUCUUAAAUCGUUCCAUUGUAAAAUAUUACAAGGAUUAUAGUAAGCUCUUAUUCAAAACAUAUGGAGAUCGAGUAAAACAUUGGACUACAAUCAAUGAGGCAGAAUUCACUGCUAUAGUUCAAUACAUGUUCAAUAUUGAUAAUUUAUCUACUGAUCAAGCGUGCACAAGUACUAAAAUAUGUACACAAGUAUAUACUCUACUUCAUAACUUUCUUCUUGCCCAUGCUACAACAUCAAAGUUAUACACAACAAAAUUUCAAGCAAUACAAGGGGGAGAAAUUGGACUUGCUCUUUCAUCGGGAAGGUAUGUUCCCUACAGUUCUAACCCAGAAGAUGUGGUUGCUGCUCAAAGACUAAUGGAUUUCUAUUGGGGAUGGGUUUUAGAUCCCGUGUUCCAUGGAGAUUAUCCAAAAAUAAUGAAAGAGUUGGUGGGGAAUAGGCUACCAGAAUUUACUAAAAAGGAGAAACGUAUGUUAAAAGGAAGCACAAAUUUUAUAGGGAUAAAUUAUUAUACUUCUCACUUUGCUAGACACGAACCAAAUAUAACCAAGAUUAUGGCGGACAAUUAUGAUGCUUUAGCAGUUUCAGAAGCUUCUGAUGCAGAAGGAAAAAUCCUUGGUUUCAAGGAUCAAUAUGGUUGGAACAAUGUUUAUCCCGAAGGAUUAUAUAAUUUCUUAAUCUAUAUUAAGGAAAAGUACAAAAAUCCUAAAGUCUACAUCACUGAAAAUGGUAUUGCUUCUUCAAAAAUCUCAAAUCCAUUAAAGGACGAACACCGAAUUGCUUAUGUUGCCGCACAUUUAAAUGCUACUAAGACGGCAAUAAAUGAUGGCGUAAACGUUCAAGGUUACUUUUUAUGGGCAGCAUUUGAUACAUUUGAAUUUCAAGCGGGUUAUUCUGGAAAUUGGGGUCUUUAUCAUAUUGACUUUAAUGAUAGUCUCAAGCGUAUACCGACUAAUACAGCAAAAUGGUACAAAGAAUAUCUUACACGUGAUUUGACACACUAA